ACAACAUUCAUCAACGACGCCCGCUGGAGCUCAUAGACAUUUAAAAAAGAGGCUUUUCAUGGCGUUUUAUCUGGAAUAGACAUACAAAGGCAUACCCGCAGCUACAUAAACUGUUUGUGUUGACAAUUUUCGCUUUGCUCCAGCGGCAUGCCCUUUCCAGUUCGACUCAACAAACCAUCUUCAAGAGCCGUAUUUCAGCGAAAGUUCAAGCGAGUAGAUCCAAAAGACUCAAGAGCUACCGGAGCUAUGGAUGAAACUACCGCGUUUGCUGGUUGGAAUGACAUCUAUAUACCAAUGCUGUUUACUACCAUGCCGCCCAUAGUGGACGAGCUCUCAACGAAUACAUACAAACUUCAACAGAAGACGGUAGAGGAAUGUUUACCAUUUCUUAAUGGACAAGAACAUCCAAACAAAUGCAAUCAACACGGAGUACCACAACUGGAUAGACAGAACCACGCCCAAUUUCUACAUAAACAGUUGGGAAACUUUCCUCCACAAUACCUAGCCAUUGACGCAAGUCGCCCCUGGUGGUUCUACUGGUGUUUAGCAGCUCUGUCACUCAUUGGCGAGGAUAUCAGUGUUUAUACAGACCGCAUGGUAGAAACUGCACGUCCUUUGCAGAAUCCAGGUGGAGGAUUUGGCGGCGGAUUUGGACAAAUGUCUCAUCUUGCCACAUCGUAUGCAACCGUACUGGCACUUAUGCUAGUCGGAGGAGAAGAAAGCUACGAAAUGAUUGAUCGACGUACAAUGUGGAAAUGGUUAUGCUCGCUCAAGCAGCCUGAUGGGGGUUUCCAGAUGGCCGUUGGCGGCGAGGAGGACGUCCGUGGCGCAUACUGCGCAGCAGUCAUAGUAUCAUUACUCAACUUGCCCCUCGAGCUGUCCCAAGACUCGCCUGCAUAUGCCGCAGGUCGCCGCAGUUUGUUUGAUGGGCUGGGUGAAUGGGUCGGAAAAUGUCAGACGUUUGAGGGUGGCAUGUCGUCCAUGCCCGGGUUGGAAGCCCAUGGAGCAUACACAUUUUGUGCCUUGGGCUGCCUUGCAAUUUUAGACGCUCCUCAUCGAUCGCUGCCAAGAUACCUUAAUGUUCGCAGACUUGUUUCUUGGCUCUCUUCGCGUCAAUACGCACCUGAGGGAGGCUUUGGUGGUCGUACAAACAAGGUUGUGGAUGGUUGUUAUAGCCACUGGAUCGGUGGAUGCUGGCCCUUGGUUGAAGCUGCUCUGAACGGGCCGCCCGCCGAGGCGACCAACUCUUCUAGCGGCCAUAAGGUUGACGUGGACAGCAUGUACAGCAGGGAUGGGCUAAUCCGUUAUAUUCUCUGCUGCUGUCAGGACAUGUCGAAGAGGGGUGGGCUUCGCGACAAGCCCAGCAAACUCUCGGAUGCCUACCACACUUGUUACGUGCUGACAGGACUGAGCUCAGCACAGCACCAAUGGAGGGUAUCGUCUUCACGCCCGGAAGGCUCUACCAUCGACGCAGAUGAGUGGAUUGUACUACCCUACCUAGAAGGUGAACAAAUUUUCGACGAGGAUGAUAGAAUUGGUACAGCACACCCUGUUUAUGUGAUUCCGAAGCACAAGGUGGAUGAUGCUCGAAACUACUUUAGGUCGAAGCUGGGCUUUUGAGGCAGAACGUUGAAUGAAUCGCGCGAAGCCUACUCCGUUUAUGACGACAAGUACCCGUCUUCAAGACGAGUAGCGCAAGAUACAGAAGAGGGAAAUCAACACAGAAUUGAAGUCAGCCAGAUAUGCUCUUUCGAGAGUAUUUCGCAUUAUGACCAUCACUCACAGUCCUUGUCCAAAUUGUAUGUCCCACAACAGCUGAAUCGACACGGAGAGAAACAACGGUGGUGGCCACCACUACGGAUGCUUCCCCGACGCAUGUCUCAUUGGAGCAUAUUGGAGGCUUGAUUCAGAUCCUUACUUCGUCGCCGUGCGGCACAUGCAGCGCGAGCCAUAAGUACCGCCUCAUCAUGUGCGCUGGCAAUUUGGCACCCUAAUCUUGACCAAGCCAGCACAUCAUACUUCUGUCUGUACUUGAAAACUAUGACUGCGCGCUGUCCUAACCGCACUAGUAGGAGAACUAGGCUAGGAAAGUAAUGAAUACACAAUUUAGGGGUACUGCAUUAUGUUUGUGCCAAGUUUUCAAUAGUGCUGCACAAACGUGGGGAGGUUAUGAACACAUAUGCACGUCACCAUAAGACGAUGGGUCCAAGAGCCUCUUGUCGACAUUGGCCUUUGAUUGCCACUUUGGCGAAGUCUUAGUUACCGGCAGUAGACUGGCUGCUCUGGUCAGUGAGCUGCGCAGGUACCUCGAAGCCACCAAAUUAUCCAUUGCAGCGACCACUGUGAAGAAGCAAUGCAAGCGGCACGAGGCGUUGAGACAUUGGCCUGUCCAAGACGUGAGUCCAGCCUUGCACAAAUAUAAUGCAGUUGUCAGGAGGAAUACAUAGACUUGGGGUCGACCGUUAUUCGCCUCUUAUGCACCCGCACCAUGUAUGUCCGGGGGGGCAAUCAAAUCGAGUCGAGGCUGGAUAAUGUGCUUUGCUGUCAUUUCAUUCGCCGCUUGAUGCUCCUUGCAGGAUACAAAAGAGUGCAACAUUGAAUUCAGUCGGCUAUCUGCUGUACGUCUACGUGCAAGCUGACCUUAGUCUCUGCUGCGGCCGGGGCGCCACCUCGGCGCGUGGUGAGCUUGGAUGGAUGUGAUUAGUUUUUGGCAGAAUGCCGGCAGGCCGCAAACAACAACCUAUGAUUAUGCGAGCCAGAUACGAAGAACGACUGUGUGGUGUUGUUUAUUGUGUGGCCAAGGCCCACGUAUGGACCUGCUUUGCCCAAUGUCGUUUGCGGUGCUUACUGCACAAUUGAGAACCAUGACUCUUGGUGUUAGUGACCCGGUCUUCGUACCGUUGGCACAUGCAGCAUUCAAACCCACUGGUGGCGGUGUCCAGCAAAACACCACCCCGCUAACGUGCGGCGCGCGAGCUGGGCUGCAUCGUGACGUUUGUGUUUUGUAUGACACGCCCCCCUGUUUGUAGAGAAGGGGUUCUUGGACAAACCAGAAGCAUUGCUCAAAGGACUCCGCGCCCGCCGUCUAGAUGCAGCUCAGAGGGCCGACUCAGUUUGUACUGAAGCACCACCGACGCAAGGGAUAGCAACAAACAGGUAGGUAUCGAGAAAUUCCGGGGGACCUAUAGCGCAGAUUAACGCAUGCAUGUCAGUGAGGCAACUAGCACGGAAAUUUGACACCUCACAACGCCAUUGACUUAGAUCAGCGCCUAUCCAAGUUGUCCUGAAACAAAUCCACAGAGGCGACUCGCCUCGCAGCAUGUAAGCAGAUUUACAAUGGGCUGCUGAUGCAGUUGUAAAUAGGACCAGACAAAAAACAGCGAGGCCAAGCGGACCCCAGCGGCGCUGUAACGAGGUUGACACAAGCGCGUACGGCGUGCGUACGGCGCCUAAGGGCAAUUGAUAGACGUGCCGACUACAACAAAUUUGCUCGAGGGCUGAGACCCUGCGUUUUACAGACAGGCGCUUCGCCCGGAUACACUGGGAAGGGGGAUUUCAUGUCGGCAGCUGAAAGAGGUGUUGCGCUGGGUACGCCUCUGCCAAUUAUACAGCUCCGCAUCUUUUGUUUGCUGUACAUGGCAUGCGAGGCAGCAGAAGGGGCGUCUGUCGUGAUGCCACGCUACGGAUUACACACAAUGCCUGCAGCUUGGUAUCGUCGGUCUACCCCCUGCGACCUAGCACUAGACUCUACACACAGCGCAUCAACAACACGGCAAGGACAUCCUAUAGCCCGUAGGAUGGUUACGUGCUACCAGCGAAUGUUGAUGGCGCUGCUCGUUGUCCUAUAAUUCCUGGCCGUCCCGCCAGGCCGGACAAGGGCGGACACGUCCUAAUGGAGCUGCAGCUCACGGACUUUGCGUCUCUCGCUUGCUGGCGACGGCAUCAUGAUUUUCGAUGGUCUUAAUUUUGUGAACUUACAGGUUCUGCCAUGUUUUGUAGAGAGCAUCGAAAUGGCUAUAUGAUUACCCAGUCCUGUGCGUACACUGACCGUUAUUUGUUUAAGAGACCAGGAUCUACAAACAUGCCCUGGUCUGAUUCUGGCACCGAGCUAUGCCAGGCCUGACGAUCGGCGAUAGUUGAUAUUGUCGUCAGAGCAAUGCUUGGGGAACAAACCUCGACCUAGAUUGAUUCGAAAUAGCCUGUCGCCAACGCGUCCUGUA